CGUGCGUCUCGCGCUCUGUGGGCGGGGUUCCCGAGUACUAGCGCACGCGCGUGCAUGUUGUGUGUGUGACCGAACUGCCUCGCGCUGUGUCGGUGAGGAAACGUAAAAGAGCGCGUGAAGCUUGACAAGUUUAUUUAGUGCAGGAAAGUGUUUUGUUGUUGUUGUUGUUUUCCCUCCGAAACAAGACGUCUGACACCGGGACAUGUCUGAUCUGGAGAGAUGAACACCAGACGUCCAGUUUUAUUAACCUGAGAUCCAAAGGUCUCAACAGGACAUGUGGUUCAGGAAGGUACGAGUGUAGAACCUUCACACACCCUGAAAUCGGAUCUGUGUGAGAGAUGAGCUCCAGUCUGACGUGUGUAGGCCUCGUGUGGGCUCUGAUCUCGCUGCUGAGUGCCGCCGUCUCCUGCGUGGGUUUCUUCAUGCCCUACUGGCUCCUGGGCUCUCAGAUGGGGAAGCCGGUAUCGUUUGGGACGUUCCGGCGCUGCUCGUACCCGGUGCGAGACGAGGUCCACGGCAGCACGGUGAUGGUGGAGCGUUGUGGACGCUAUGCCUCGUUCCUGAGCAUCCCCAGUCUGGAGUGGAGGAUCUGUACGGUGGUGACAGGAAGUGGGUGUGGCCUGCUGCUGCUCGUGGCCCUCACGGCACUCAUGGCAUGUUGCAUGUCAGACGUCAUAUCGCGCACCGUCGGCCGAGCGGCCGGAGGGAUCCAGUUUGUGGCAGGUUUACUGAUCAGCUCCGGUUGUGCUCUUUAUCCUCUCGGAUGGAACAGUGAGGAGGUGAAGCAGACCUGCGGUAACGCUUCGGACCAGUUUAACCUCGGUUCGUGUGAACUCGGCUGGGCUUUUUACUGCACGUGUGUCGGAGCUGCUGUUACCCUGCUGUUGUGUACAUGGAUGUCCUGCUUCGCCGGGAAAAAGAAGAAAUACUAUCCAUACUGAGAGCUCUCUCUCUCUCUCUCUCUCUCUCUCUCUCUCUCUCUCUCUCUCACACACACACACACACACACCACUGAACAAAAUCAUUCAAAAUUCGUGCAUGACUGACCUUUGACCUUCCAAGGUGUGUCUUUGAAUUAUUUUUUGGGCGGUCUAAAGAUUCCGCUGUUUAUUUAAUAAGCCAGUUUUAAUUUUGUGUUCAUUUAAAGUAUAACGGUUUUUUUUUGUCUUCCGUGCGAAACUAAAGUUAUUGGGGUCACUGACGUUUUCAGGUUAUCAGCUGUUAUUUUUAAUGAAAGAAAAAUGAGUGUCUGCACAUUUUAUUUUAUUUUUAGUCUUGUUACUGAUUCAUAUUUAAAACCUUGGAUCUGUUUAUUGCCUUAAAUAUUUCACAUGCAAUAAAAAUGGCUCAUGUGGAGCGUUUGUUUUAAAUGUAGAAUAAAUGGUGUCAUUUUUAUUUUUUUCCCCUUAUAAUUUCCCCUUUUCUCAAUAAAUAAAUAUUUAACCUGCA